AUGGUUUGGGUCAAGCCGGAACACUUGAUACUUGCCCAAUCUUUCUGGUAAUUCGAAUCAGAAGUAUGCGGAGCUAUCCAGUUUUUUGCAGGUCAUGUGAGAAAGCAAGCAAAUAUUUCAAAUUGCAAAGACGGAAAGGUCACGGUACUCGAGGGUUUUCAUCUCUUCUCGUGGCAACAAUCGAUUCCGUGUUCGAUACGAGACCGCCGCCGUUUCGCAUUAUCUACGACUUCGACAAUGAAGACGUGCACAUUUCAGUGGGUCGGUUAUUCACGAGCACGUCAAAAACAUUAAUUUAAACUAUCAAAUUCAGUUUUGGCAGUAGCAGUUGAGCGGAAAGAAAUAGACGAGCAUUGGAAAUAUAUUGAGGAGAAUUUUAUACCCACCACAGGUUUGUUUGGAACGUUUCUGUCCAUUCUGAAGCUGGAUGUUCAGAACCGUUACAAUUGGAAAAGGAUGUACGGAGGUACGUAAUGACGAAAGUGGAAGGAUUGGCCAGCAAUUCAGAAGAAGUGAUCACACCUUAUUCAGGUAUUCAAAGUAAUAUGUUUACCCUUUGUGACUUUAUUUUAAUUUUCAGAAGAACUCGACUCAGUUUCCACGCGGUCGUGUCUCGAACGAUUUCACAAGAUAUUUCAGAUUCCUCCAGAUGAGAAACUAGUUAAUUGUACGUUUUCCUUUCGGUCAUUAUCCAAUCUGAAAUCAAGUUUUCAGACUAUAAAUGUUGCCACUGGAAAGGAAAAGUUCCGACACAAGGAGACCUUUUCCUGUCUGUCAAUUUCCUUUGUUUCUACUCGUUUAUCAUGGGCAAUGAGACAAAAAUAAAGUUGAAGUGGACUGAUAUCGUGGUAUUUUUUUCGUGAAACAGGUUCUAUGAAUAACCGAAACUUCUCAGAGACUCGAACGAGUGUCGUCACUCCUUUUCUCCCAGAGCAUUCUUGUCGUGACGAAGGAGGACAAAAAGUUCAGUUUUUCAAUGUUCCUGAACUUUGAGGAAACUUUCCAGUUGGCGUCACAAUUAGCAAACAUCGCUAUGAAACAGUAAGAAAUGCGGGUUGUUUUUGAUGGUCAAAUGAAAAUUUCAGGCUGAUUGAAGAGGAAGGAUUCUGCGAAGACAGCGCGCUCCGACGGAAAAUGCUCAUGGAGAGUGAGAAGAAGAGGACGGUCAAAACGAAAGCGUCAUUCCUGAAAAGAGAUCUGGACGCCAGACAUCGCAGUGAUGCGUACAGGUGA